CUCUCUCGCCACCCAGAGGGCUCUGGGAACCUGAGGCUGCCCGGGAGGGCCGAGGGCCGAGGUUGGUGGAGGCCACCUGAAGACGGGAUCCUGCAGCUUAGGGGUCUGCGGUGAUGAGAAGCCUGAGACAGGAAUGGGUGGGCAGAGGCAGCCGCAAGGUUUUGCGCAUUUGGUUUGGCAAGAUGUCGGUGAAGGAGGGAGCACAGCGCAAGUGGGCCGCGCUGAAGGAGAAGCUGGGGCCGCAGGACUCGGACCCCACGGAGGCCAACCUGGAGAGUGCCGACCCUGAGCUCUGCAUCCGGCUGCUCCAGAUGCCCUCCGUGGUCAACUACUCAGGCCUGCGCAAGCGCCUGGAGAGCAGCGAUGGCGGCUGGAUGGUGCAGUUCCUGGAGCAGAGCGGCCUGGACCUGCUGCUGGAGGCGCUGGCCCGGCUGUCGGGCCGUGGCGUGGCCCGCAUCGCGGACGCCCUGCUGCAGCUCACCUGCGUCAGCUGCGUGCGUGCCGUCAUGAACUCGCAGCAGGGCAUCGAGUACAUCCUCAGCAACCAGGGCUACGUGCGCCAGCUGUCCCAGGCCCUGGACACGUCCAAUGUGAUGGUCAAGAAGCAGGUGUUUGAGCUGCUGGCCGCCCUGUGCAUCUACUCGCCUGAGGGCCACGCACUGACCCUGGAUGCCCUGGACCACUACAAGACGGUGUGCAGCCAGCAGUACCGCUUCAGUGUCAUCAUGAACGAGCUCUCUGACAGUGACAACGUGCCCUACGUGGUCACCCUGCUCAGCGUGGUCAACGCUGUCAUCCUUGGCCCCGAGGACCUCCGUACCCGCACCCAGCUGCGGAGCGAGUUCAUCGGGCUGCAGCUCCUGGACAUUCUGACCCGACUGCGAGACCUGGAGGACGCUGACCUGCUGAUCCAGCUGGAGGCCUUUGAGGAGGCCAAGGCAGAGGACGAGGAGGAGCUGCAGCGUGUGUGCAAUGGCCUCAACAUGAACAGCCACCAAGAAGUCUUUGCAUCCCUGUUCCACAAGGUGAGCUGCUCUCCAGUGUCAGCCCAGCUGCUGUCAGUGCUACAAGGCCUCCUGCACCUGGAGCCCACCAGCCGCUCAGGACAGCUGCUCUGGGAGGCCCUGGAGAGCCUGGUGAACCGGGCCGUGCUCCUGGCCAGUGAUGCCCAGGAAUGCACCCUGGAGGAGGUGGCUGAGCGUCUGCUGUUCAGCAGAGGGAGGCCCCGACCCACCUCCCUGGACAAGGCCCACAAGAGCAUCCAGGCCAACCUAGGCCAGAGUCCAAGGGACAGGUCCCCCCAAAACACUGCUGCUCCCCUGGCUGGCAUGGAGGGCCAGCAGCAGGCCACAGCUCCUGCCCACCAGCACCCAGUUGGCCUCCAGAGCACCAGUGGGAAGACAGCCCCCCAGCAGCCAGCACACUCCCCACCCCCACCCGCACCGCCCCUCCCCAGUUCCAGCCCUGGGCCCCUUUCACCCCCACCUUCCCUGCCAAGCCUGGAAGCUGGGUCUCCCCUCAUACCCCCUCCACCUCCAUUGCCAGGCCUAGGGUCCAUGUUUUCUCCCCCAGCACCCCCUCCACCCCCUCCUCCUUUGCCUGACCUGGGGACCACUCCUUCCCCAGUACCCCCUCCACCUCCUUUGCCAGGCCUGGGGACCACGCCUCCCCCAGUACUGCCCCCACCCCCGCCUCCCUUGCCAGGCCUGGGGGCCGUGUCUCCCCCAGCACCCCCUCUGCCACCUCCCCUGCCUGGCUCCUGCGGGAUCUUGCCCCCACCACCUCCUCCACUCCCCCCACCACCGCCUGGAGGGGGCUGGGGCCCUCCUCCACCUCCAACUCUGCCUGCGGGUGGCGUGGAAGAGCUCAUUGUGGCCCACGUGGACCACAGCCUGGGCUCGGCCUGGGUCCCCAGCCACCGCAGGGUGAACCCACCCACACUGCGCAUGAAGAAAUUGAACUGGCAGAAACUUCCGUCCAACGUGGCCCGAGAGCGCAACUCCAUGUGGGCGACACUCAGCAGCCCUGGCACAGACGCGGUGGAGCCUGACUUCUCCAGCAUUGAGCGGCUCUUCUCCUUCCCCGUGGCCAAGCCCAAGGAGCCCACAGCUGCCCCAGCCAGGAAGGAGCCCAAGGAGGUCACUUUUCUUGACUCCAAGAAGAGCCUGAACCUCAACAUCUUCCUGAAGCAGUUUAAGUGCUCCAACGAGGAAGUCACCGCCAUGAUCCGGGCUGGGGACACGGCCAAGUUUGACGUGGAGGUUCUCAAACAGCUCCUGAAACUACUUCCAGAGAAGCACGAGAUCGAAAACCUGAGGACAUUCACAGAGGAGCGAGCCAAGCUGGCCAACGCCGACCAGUUCUACGUCCUCCUGAUGGACAUUCCUUGCUACCAGCUGCGGUUGGAGUGCAUGCUGCUGUGUGAGGGCACGGCCAUUGUGCUGGACAUGGUGCGACCCAAGGCCCAGCUGGUGCUCGCCGCCUGUGAGAGCCUGCUCACCAGUCACCGGCUGCCUGUCUUCUGCCAACUGAUCCUGAAAAUCGGGAACUUCCUCAACUAUGGCAGCCACACCGGUGACGCUGAUGGCUUCAAGAUGAGCACCUUGCUGAAGCUCACAGAGACCAAGUCGCAGCAGAACCGGGUGACGCUAUUGCACCACGUGCUGGAGGAAGUGGAAAAGAGCCACCCUGACCUCCUGCAGCUGCCCCAGGACCUGGCACAGCCCUCCCAGGCCGCAGGAAUCAACCUGGAGGUCAUCCGCUCCGAAGCCAGCACCAACCUGAAGAAGCUUCUGGGGACGGAGCGGAAGGUGUCCACCUCUGACCCGGAGGUGCAGGAGCAGUAUGCCCAGCGCCUCCAGGACAGCAUCGCGGCCUCCCAGGCUUUGGACCAGGUGUUUGAGGCCAUCGAGCAGAAGAAGCUGGAGCUGGCCGACUACCUGUGUGAGGACCCCCAGCAGCUGUCCCUGGAGGACACCUUCAGCACCAUGAAGAUCUUCCGGGACCUCUUCACCCGUGCCCUGAAGGAGAACAAGGACAGGAAGGAGCAGGUGGCAAAGGCGGAGAGGAGGAAGCAGCAGCUGGCAGAAGAGGAGGCACGGAGGCCGAGGGGCGAGGACGGGAAGCCUGUCAGGAAGGGCCCUGGGAGGCAGGAGGAGGUGUGUGUCAUCGAUGCCCUGCUGGCCGACAUCAGGAAGGGCUUCCAGCUGCGCAAGACGGCCCGAGGCCGGGGGGACAGCGAGGUGGGCAGCAAGGCCUCAGCAGAACUCCUGCGGGCCACAGUGCCAGCAGCCGCCAGUGACCCUGCCCAGGGCCCCCGUGAGGACGCCAGCCACCCCGCCCCUGAGCUGGGCCUUGAUGCUGCUGCAGCUGGGAGGCCACAGGGCUGGGACCUGGCGGAUGCUGUGACUCCCAGCCCAGGGCCCGCCGGGGAGGAGGGCAGUCCGCGGCCCUUGGAGAGGCGCUCCUCCUGGUACGUGGAUGCCAGUGACUUCCUGGCCCCCGAGGACACGCUGAAUCCCCAGCCCUCCGAGGGGGCCUGGCCAGUGACUCUGGGAGACACCCGGGCCCUGAAGCCCCUCCAGUUCUCUGGAGACAAGCGCCCCGGGGCUGAGAGUUCAAGCCAGGACCCGGAGGAGCUUGGAGGCUUGCAGGGCGUCCACCAGGCCAAGGCGCACGGCACAGGCCAAGGACCAGAGGACACAGCUAUCCAGGGCCAGAGUGCUGGCCUCCCUGCCACAGGCCCUGGUGGGGACGAGGAUGAGGAAGACACUGCCCCUGAGUCUGCGCUGGACACAUCCUUGGACAAGUCCUUCUCCGAGGACGCAGUGACAGACUCCUCGGGGUCUGGCACCCUCCCAAGGUCCCGAGGCCGGGCCUCAAAGGGGACAAGCAAGCGGAGGAAGAAGCGUCCCUCAAGGAGCCAGGAAGAAGUUGCCCCUGGUUCUGACGCUAAUGUAACAAAAAGACUGUGUGCCGUCCAGUGAGGCCUCAGACCCAAGCCCAAAGCCAAGUGAGAGAGCCCUGGCCAGCCUGGGCACAGCAGCGGGCAGCUGGAUGUAAUGUUAGAAAUGAAUGAAGCUUUCCAGGGCCAGGCUGGGACUGAGCCCCUGAGAGUCAAACCUCCGUGCCUUGCCCAGCCAGGGCCUCCGGCAGCCUCCCUGGGUCGUCCUGGCUGGAACCCGCAGGCACCCAUGCCCUGGGCCCGCCCUCUCCCCCUGGGCCUCUUGCACGCCCACCUGGUGAUCUGCUCUUCAGCCACCACCCAGCCUUGCACCUGCAUGUGCCACAGUGGGCUCCUCCCAUCUGCCUGCAUCGCCUCCACGGCCCUCGGGGGCUGGGCCCCUGUAGUGGGCAUAGCGCCCCUGUCCAGCCUGCCACUGCUCAGCUGCUUUUUAACUGGAAUGCUGUCCCCUGAGGCCUCACUGCUCCGAGGCAGCUGGCUUGGGGACGGUGAGGGGGCUCCAGGCCUAGGGUGAGGUGGGCCCUGCUGUGGGCAGGCCAAGGCCCCCUCCGUUUCUGGCCCCUGGUGGUAGGGAGGGGUCUGCCUAUGGACACAGCCAGGCCUGCCAACCCUGCGCUGGGCUGGCCCCAAGGGAUGGGGAGGGUCCACCUGCGCAGCCACAUGGUGGAUCUCAGCAGCUGCUGGGGGUCUCCUCAGUAUCUGCCCUGUGAGGGGCAGCCCGGCCCUGCCUCCUCCCACCCCCAGGUGUGUGCUGAGGAGGCUGGAGGCCAGCAGGGACUCUGACCAAUAAAAACCAAGCCUGGUCAGCUGUGA